UGUUUUGACUUACAUAUAUUUCGUAAUUGGGCUGAACAACCCAACCGACCGACCGAGUAAACGGAUUGGUCAUAAAAAUUACGAGUUAAUUAUAGAAUGCAUUGCAUUACAAAAUGAUGGUGAAGAAUUUUGGUAAACUAGCACAAGUGUUGUGCCGCACACGUUUCAUGCGGACCAUGGUUGUCAGUCCACACAACUAUACAAUGAGAGCGCACACAGGCUACAAAUCCCUGGCGCAAGAAUCAGGCACAUUGGGUUCUGUUUACAUGGAUCAGCAACAACAGAGGCAACAGCAUCACCAGCAGUCUGAAAGAAAAUCUAAAUAUCCUCACACCGGACUAGUAUUUGCGGCCAUGUUUAGCUUUAAUCUGUUUGGCGAUGACGAGAAAGAGGAGGAAACACCCGAAACGAAGCUAGUGAAUACCAUAAAACGUUCCAUACUCUGCAUACAGAAGGAGCAGUACGACAAGGCCGAACAGAUGCUACAUUUGGCGCUUCGCAUGGCCCAAGAUAUGCGAUCAACAAACGGCAUUACCUAUGUGUACGAUGUGAUGGCCAAUCUGGCCAUGGAACGGGAGCAGUUCAAAAAAGCCGAAACCCUCUUUGUGGAUGUAAUGAGACGCCUAAUGGCCGAUGGCCAUACAGAAGACAGUCCUAAAAUAUUGCACAUCAGCUCUAAAAUAGCGCAUAUGUCACAGCUGCAGGGCGAUCUAGUGAAGAGCUUUCAGGGCUUCCAAUGGACGCUGCAACGGCUGGCCAAACUAGUGAAAGAAAUGCCCGAGAAUAGUGAUGUACUGGAGCUAUAUGGUUUGACAAAGAACUGGUUUGGUCAACUUCUGAUGAAGCAAGGCAAAUAUGAGGAGGCCAGGAAUCUGUUCACAGAGGCUCUGAACAUUCUCGUCGACGUCUACGGAUACCUGAACGAUGCCUCAGUCACUAUUUUAAAUAAUAUUAGCGUAGCUUAUGUAAAUCUUGAAAAGUAUGCUGAAGCCAAAGAAACGCUUUUACGCGCACUGAACAUAGCCAAGGAGCUAAAGGAUACCGCCCAGGAAGGCGUCAUUCAGGCGAAUUUGGGCUUGGUUUAUCUACGCGAAGGCCUGCUUGCAGAAGCCGAAGACUUUUGUAAGCUUGCUUGGAAGAUUGGCAAGAGCAACUCGAAUGCCGAUGCCCUGGAACAAGCCGAGUAUUGCCUGAAUGAAAUAAAAUCAUACAUGAAGGGUUGAACAGCUGCUGAC